GGUAGGCCUCCUGGAAAUGAGGAUGAAACCCCCGCCAGCUCCAGAACCCCUCUGCAGACUGGCCAGAAUCCUUCCCCUCUCACUCGUCUCUCCUGUUCUCUGCCCUCUCCCAUUUUGACUCGCUGACACUCUCUUAGACUCUGUCCUUCUGUCUCUGAACCUCUGCCCCCUUCUCUGAGUCUCUGUCCUCUCCAUCUGGGUCUUUGUCACCUUCUCUCUGGGUCUCUGUCCCCUCCCUCUCUGGGUCUCUGUUCCCCUCUCUCUCUCUGGGUCUCUGUCCCCCCUCUCUCUCUGGGUCUCUGCCCCUCUCUCUGUCUGGGUCUCUGUCCCCCCUCUCUCUCUGGGUCUCUGUCCCCCCUCUCUCUCUGGGUCUCUGCCCUCCUCUCUCUCUGGGUCUCUGUCCCCACCUCUCUCUGGGUCUCUGUCCCCCCCCGUGUCUCUGUCUCCCCUCUCUCUCUGGGUCUCUGUCCCCCCUCUCUCUCUGGGUCUCUGCCCCCCCUCUCUCUGGAUCUCUCUCCUCGUCUCUCUAUGGGUCUCUGUCCCUCUCUCUCUCUAGGCCUCUGCCCCCUCUCUCUCUGGGUCUCUGUCCCUCUGUGUGUGUCUCUGUCCCCAUCUUUCUCUGGGUUGCUGUCCCCUCCCCUCUUGAUCUCUGUCCCCCUCUCUCUGCAUUUCCAGCUCUCACUUCAUCUCUAUACCUAGCUCUUCCCCACCCUCCUACGGAUCCCAAGUUGGGGAAUGCCAGUUCUGGCACCAACCUUCCUGCUCCCUGCUGGGGCCUCUGCUCCUCCAUCUCUCAGGAGCCAAAAGUGAGAAAGAAAGGUGGGCAGCCCUGCUCCAAGUCCAGCACCCGGCCCUCAGCCCCUAAAAUGCUCCUCCUGCUCGCAGCACUUCAAGUCCUGGCUGUAGCCAUGACACGGAGCCAAGAGGAUGAGAACAAGAUAAUUGGUGGCUACACAUGUGCCCGGAGCUCCCAGCCAUGGCAGGCGGCCCUGCUGGCAGGUCCCGGGCGCCGCUUCCUCUGUGGAGGCACCCUGCUUUCAGACCGGUGGGUCAUCACCGCUGCUCACUGCGGCCGCCUGAUUCUUCGGGUUGCCCUGGGCAAGCACAACCUGAAGAGGUGGGAGGCCACCCAGCAGGAGCUGCGUGUGGUUCGCCAGGUGACACACCCAAACUACAACUCCCGGACCCACGACAACGACCUCAUGCUGCUGCAGCUGCAGCAGCCUGCGCGGAUGGGGAGGGCAAUCAGGCCCAUUGAAGUCGCCCAAGCCUGCGCCAGCCCCGGGACCUCCUGCCGAGUGUCAGGCUGGGGAACUACAUCCAGCCCCAUAGCCAGGUACCCCACUUCUCUGCAAUGCCUGAACAUCAACAUCUCCCCGGAUGAGGUGUGCCGGAAGGCCUAUCCCGGAGCCAUCACGCCUGGCAUGGUCUGUGCGGGAGUUGCCCAGGGUGGGAAGGACUCUUGUCAGGGUGACUCUGGGGGACCCCUGGUGUGCAAAGGAAAGCUCCAGGGCCUCGUGUCUUGGGGAAUGGAGCGCUGUGCCCUGCCUGGCUACCCCGGUGUCUACACCAACCUGUGCAAGUACCGAAGCUGGAUUGAGGAAACGAUGCGGGGCAAAUGAUGGCCGUCAAGGAGGGAUGGACCUCGUCAGCUGCCCAGGCCCUCCUCUCUCCACUCAGGACCCACGAGUCCCGGCCCCAGCCCCUCCUCCCUCAGACCCAGGAUUCCUGGCUGUAGCUCCUCCUCCCUCAGACCCAGAAGUCCCGGCCCCAGCCCCUCCUCCCUCAGACCCAGGAGCACCAGUCCCCAGCAUCCUGAUCUUUACUCCCUUUCCCAGAGCAGGACCUCAGACACCUUAAACCGGCAUUGUAUUCCAGAGAAGACAAAUUUUAACAUGCUUAGUGUCUCUAAAAACCAAAUAAAUCAUGACGAUGAAAAUGGAA